AUGAAUCCUCGCAACGAUCCCCUCAACCUCCAGAUGGACUUCUGGCUUACGCACACAAGGCCCGGUGAUGCCACUAGCGAUGCUGCUUUGCGGCAACAGAAUCCUCAAGCUCUUAUUGCUGCACAGAACACUUCAUACCCUCCACCGGGGCAGCCGGUUAAUGUGAUCCAACGGCCGUACGGGUAUCAAGUUGAGGGAGAGUGGCAUAUUGGUUACUGGUACGAUCGACUUCAGCACCGUGCUAGAGAGCAACCACAAGCAGAUCUUGGGCCUCAAUGGAACCAUAAUAUGCUUAUUAACUACGAUCAGCACUAUCGUAGCCAGCAGCUUGCAGUCCCUGGAGUCAAUUGGCCUACCCCAGCAGUAGGUAUGACUACCUAUCAGCCUGUUAUUCAGGCUCUUUAA